CAGACGCCAUUGAAAAUCAUUUCAUCUCUUCAUCUAAAAGGUAAUUCCCUCACAAACUCCGAGUCUUGGAACGCGAAAACCAGUAAAAUCGCAGUCAAAAAACUUGGAAAGAAGGGAUUCGGAAACCAGAACCAAAAACCUUGUUCCAGGUGUCCCAUCCCACACAGCCAAAUGUACGUCUUCAGCUGCUCAAAUCCGCCAACGAACAAAGCCCUAAGAUGCCAAUACUAGCACCACCUUCUUCACUCGAUCCGUCACUAUCCAACCCUAACCCUAGACCAAGGAGGAGAAGAAGAAGAUGGCGAAGCACGCCGGCUGGGGCCACCACCACUUGCAGAAACGAUGGAUUUUGGCUCUUCUCUUGAUGCUCUCUGUUUCCACGGUGAUUGCCUUCUUCGUCAGAGCCGCCUUUGAUUCCUGUGAUCGGAACGUAUCUGCUGAUAAUGCUAUCGGCUCGGCUCGGAAUGCUAUCCAAGUCGCCGAGAAGCGGGUGUCGCAGAUCGCUGCUGCAAGGCCGAAUCCGCUGAGCUUCAUGAAGUCCAAGAUUGUUCUAUUGGUGUCGCACGAGCUCUCGCUUUCCGGUGGACCAUUGUUGUUGAUGGAGCUGGCAUUUCUAUUAAGAAGUGUUGGUGCUGAAGUUUAUUGGAUUACGAUUACAAAACCAUCGAAAACAGACGAAGUAACAUAUAGCUUAGAACAUAAGAUGUUGGACAGAGGAGUACAGGUAGUUUUCUCUGCAAAGGGUAAAGAAGCUAUAGAUACUGCUCUAAAAGCUGAUUUGGUUAUUUUGAACACUGCUGUUGCUGGGAAAUGGCUGGAUGCUGUUCUUAAGGAAGAUGUUCAUCGUGUUCUGCCAAAGGUGUUGUGGUGGAUCCAUGAAAUGCGAGGCCAUUACUUUAGAUUAGACUAUGUAAAGCAUCUUCCUUUUGUAGCUGGUGCCAUGAUUGAUUCACAUGUUACAGCAGAAUACUGGAACAAUAGGACUCGAGAGCGUUUGAAGAUUAAAAUGCCUGACACCUAUGUUGUUCACCUUGGAAAUAGCAAGGAACUGAUGCAAGUUGCAGAAGACAAUGUGGCUAAAAGGGUUUUGCGUGAACAUGUUCGUGAAUCUCUUGGAGUGCGCAAUGAAGAUUUACUUUUUGCCUUAAUAAAUAGUGUUUCACGAGGAAAAGGGCAGGAUCUCUUUCUACGUUCCUUUUAUGAGGCCUUGCAACUGAUCAAGGAAAAGAAAAUGCACGUGCCACCAUUGCAUGCAGUAAUUGUGGGAAGUGACAUGAAUGCUCAGACCAAAUUUGAAACAGAAUUACGGGAUUAUGUAAUGCAAAAGAAAAUUCAAGGUCGUGUUCACUUUGUGAACAAAACUCUGACAGUAGCCCCAUAUUUAGCUGCCAUUGAUGUUCUUGUUCAGAAUUCUCAGGCACGGGGAGAAUGCUUUGGAAGGAUAACAAUUGAAGCCAUGGCAUUUCAGUUGCCUGUACUGGGAACAGCAGCAGGAGGCACCACGGAAAUAGUAGUGAACGGGACUACAGGUUUAUUGCAUCCUGUUGGAAAAGAGGGGGUUACUCCACUCGCAAAAAAUAUCGUCAAACUGGCUACUCAUGUUGAGAGGAGGCUUACGAUUGGGAAGAGAGGCUAUGAAAGGGUCAAAGAAAGAUUUCUAGAGCACCACAUGGCGGACAGAAUUGCUGGAGUACUGAAAGAAGUGUUGAGGAAGUCUAAAGACAAAUCACAUGGGCACCUCUUUUGAACCCCCAAAACGACGAGGUCGAUCCGGUUCCACCGAGAGCAGCCAUGGUGGCCCUAAGUACAGGCUAAAAUAGGAUGCCAGCUUUUUUUUUUUUUCUUUUCUUUUUCUCCCAUAAUGGAGUGACAUCUUUAAUUAUGGGUCUAGCUUCCUGUCUUGUUCCCAUCCAGUUUUCCAUAUAGGGAUGUAAAUCAUGUACAUGCUAAGACAAUUUUCAAUAGCUGUUUAUAUAGUUGAGAAGUUCCUGGA